AGGGUAGAAUUGACAUUUUCUUAUGUUUGCUAAAGGUAGAAGGCUAAACGUAGCCGUGGGAAGGAGUGUGGCUGAGAUGAAAUAUCCUUGUUGAGGAAGUUAUCUAUCUUUCUACAUUUGAUGGGGGUAAUCCACACUCUUAUCCACCGUAAUCCAUCCUUUUUAGCUAAAACGACAAUCACCGAGCUUAUUUUAAGUCGUUUUCUCUUGACCCACUCACUUAUAAUAUUCUCUAUAACAACACACUUCUAAGUAACCACAAUUCAUUGAGCAAAACAGAACAACAACAAACAGCUAAAAGCAAAUGGGGAAUCUUUCGUGUUGUAUGCAAGUUCCACAAUCUCAAGUGGCUAUGAAAGAAGGUUUUGGAAAAUUUGAAAAGGUGCUUCAGCCAGGAUGUCAUUGCAUGCCAUGGUUCCUUGGGAAACGAGUUGCUGGUCAUCUCUCUCUUCGGCUACAACAAUUGGAUAUCAAAUGUGAGACCAAAACAAAGGAUAAUGUCUUUGUCAACGUUGUUGCUUCUAUUCAAUACCGUGCCUUGGCAGAAAAGGCCGAUGAUGCUUUUUACAAACUUAGCAACACAAAGAACCAAAUCAAAGCUUAUGUUUUUGAUGUAAUUAGGGCAAGUGUUCCAAAACUCAACUUGGAUGAUGCUUUUGAGCAGAAAAAUGAAAUCGCAAAAGCUGUGGAAGAAGAGCUCGAGAAGGCUAUUUCAGCAUAUGGAUAUGAAAUUGUUCAAACACUGAUUGUUGAUAUAGUACCAGAUGAGCAUGUGAAGCGGGCUAUGAAUGAAAUCAAUGCUGCUGCAAGAUUGAGGGUGGCUGCUAAUGAGAAGGCAGAGGCUGAGAAGAUAUUGCAAAUUAAGCGAGCUGAGGGUGAGGCUGAGUCUAAAUAUCUCUCUGGGCUGGGUAUUGCUCGCCAGCGUCAAGCCAUUGUAGAGGGUUUGAGAGACAGUGUGAUUGGAUUUUCAGUUAAUGUACCAGGGACUACUGCAAAAGAUGUCAUGGAUAUGGUCCUUGUCACUCAAUACUUUGACACUAUGAAAGAAAUUGGUGCUGCCUCUAAGUCUUCUGCUGUGUUCAUCCCACAUGGACCUGGUGCUGUUCGUGAUGUCGCUAGCCAAAUUCGUGAUGGACUUCUCCAGGGUUCUGUAUCUCAUGAGUAGCUUAUAUUCCUCGUACUUCGUAUCGUAUUAGUAUGGGAGUGUGGUGAUUUUAUAAUACUUUAUGUCUCUGCAGUAUGUUAUAUAAUUUCGUAUCAGACUAAACUCCUAAUCUGAUCCUCCAAAUAUUAUGCUAUAAUAACUUAUCAGUCUUGCAAAGAUAUUUGUCACAUUUCUCUUGAGAAAUAUGGUGGCACAAUUACAAAUUUGGUAAUUGUUUGGUUUGUAUCUUUGUGGGAUUGAUUUGGUGAUAAAGUAUUUGGAGGACUGUUUAAGAAAAUUAAUCUUAAGUUUCUACGUUAUAAUUGCUGCAUAAGUAAACUAUCAAGUAUCCCUAGAUAUAUAAGUUUUCUAAAUUCUGCAUAAGUUUCUACAUUA